GACACUACAGCUCAUUUUGCGCAAAAAUCAUGAAAUGACAAUUUUCCCAGCGCUUUCUCAAUUUUUGUUGCAUUGUUGAAAGUAUGAACUUUACGAAAAUAACACUUAUCUAAAGUUAAAAAUUAUCGUUUUAACGUAAAAAUUAAUACUUUUUGAUGGCCUAUACAAAAAAUAUCGAGUCUCCUCCUUUUAGUCUUCAGACGCAUGCGCAUAGACAGUAAACAGUGCAGCAUGUCGUCCAGUGAGAGAAAGUGUAGUUGAUAGAUCUAGCAUUUUGACAGAUUCUGUGAGAAAAGAGGUAAAAAUAGAAUGAGAUAAAACUCAUAUGUGAAAUAAAAUUUACCUAGGGAUCAGUAUGACCGUUGGAAAUCAGAGAGCUCGGAGAAACGCAUGUAACUCAGUGGCGGAUCUAGGAUUUCCGAAGAGGGGUGUGAAAGUCAAAGAUUAGCCAAAGUAAUCGGCCAUUCGGGUGCAAAAUUUUGAUUUUCAUUCACAAUCUGUGGCGUAAAAAGGGAGGGGGAUACUGGCCCCCUAAAUCUGCCAUUGAGACUAGCUGCGAAGACACUACGUUUAAAAGUUCUUAGGAAGAAACGACCUCAGAGAAAUACCAGAGGACAAACUUCAAAAUGUCACUUCUUUGGAAAAGCUGUAUCUGUACGAUAAUCGAAUACAUGAUAUGCACCGAGACGCCUUUUCCUCCCUGCGAGUACUAACAGCGCUGUCAAUGUCAUACAACGAGCUGAAUACAAUCAAGCGUCAGUAUUUCCAGAUGACAACACGGCUGAUAUCCAUAGAUUUGAGUAACAAUGCUAUUGAGGUAAUAGAAGACAGCGCUUUUAAGGAAAUGAAAAAUCUACAAAAACUUCGCUUGAACAGUAAUAAAAUCAAAGCGAUUAGUAAUACCACAUUCCAGAUGUUAACCGAACUGGAAAAACUAGAAUUACAAGAUAAUGACAUAGAAACCAUUGGAAACUUGGCUCUACGCGAUCUUCGGAAGCUGCGGUUUCUGUCAUUCAGCAAAAAUCGUCUAAAGACGCUUCCUGCCAGGCUCUUCGACGGCUUAGAUUCAUUAGAAGAAUUGCAAGCAAUUUCAGAGCAUCAUGUUCCAUCUAAUUGUUUUUCAUUAGAUAACAAAGUAAAACGUUUAUUUCAUUAUUUCAGUUCUGUAUAUUUUGGAGACACUGAAGUUUAUUGUAUCAUUUUUAGAUAUCUAUCAAGCAAUGGAAUUACUGAAAUCCGAUCCAGAACCUUCAACGAUAUACCAAAAGUGAAAUUCAUUGUUCUCAACAGAAACUUGGUGAGUCGAGUAGAAGUGCAAGCAUUCCAGUCUCUUCCUCUUCUAGAUAUAGUGUAUCUUGACGAAAACAAAAUAGGAGAACUACAGAAAAAUUGUUUCGGAAAUGGAACAAGACCUACAAAAUUAUAUUUGGGUUCCAAUCCACUGCGAUGUGAUUGUGGAAUGAAGUGGUUAAUGGAGUUUGUGAAAACACAUCAGAUCACUCUAGAAUUAGAAAACAGAGAGGGAGACUCUGUAGCCACACUCUGUAAUGAACCUGAGACUCUUAGAGGACGAAGUGUACACAGCCUUCCACUCACCAAUUAUCAUUGCGAUUGUCGAAUACCUGGGCAAAUGUACGACGGGACUGAGAACAAAACCUCUAAAGGCGUUGUGUGCCAGUCCUGGUCAAAACAGAUACCACAUCGACAUGACUAUGACGUCCUAGGACAUAACCAAUCAAACUACUGUAGGAACUACGACCGCGAAAUCCCCUGGUGUUUAACUAAUGAUGCGGAUGUGCUGUGGGACUAUUGUCAGGUCCCUAUUUGUGACAACGUGUGCUAUGAUUUGAAGUAUUCGAGAUCUUUUGAUUUAUGCCCAGUUAAAAAAUCUAAUUGCAGUGAAGUAAAAGACUUCGUCAGAUGCCAUCUAUCCAGCGUGGAGAAAACAAACCAUACUUCGUGUUUUGAAUCAUUCAUGAUGGAGAGGGCUGUUGUUUCCAGUCUUGUUGAACAAAAUAUCAUAAGGAAGGAAUUAAGCUUGAAAUGCUUUCCAUCACCGUGUGCCGAUGAACGAUUCCUGGAGGCGGCAAAAGUAAGGACAUACAGUGGGCUGCUGACUUACACUCAACAAAUUUUCUGCUGGUCAGUGAUGCGCCUAAUCAAUACGGAGGUAGCAAACAUCAUGGUUACGAACAAAUCCACGUGCUAUGAACGAGAUAAAUUGAAGAUACUGAAAGUUAUACAAAAUGAUUUAAGAGGAAUAUUCGAUGACAAAAAAUUUCUGCUUUCUGAAUGUCCGUUAUCAGUGACAUAUGACGAAGUGACAGAGGAAGAAGAUGGCAUAACAAGGAAUCUGGAAGAAUUUAUUUUAACAAACCUCCAUUUCGUCAUCGGCGGAAUGGCUGGUUUCCUGCUGGUUAUUGCGGUGGUGGUGCUACUGCUUCGUCUCCGAUUUAAAAGAAAGAAAGAAGAAAAUACGCUGAAUGAAACCCACAACAACAGAGAAGCCCACAUUUAUCACGAUAUUGGUGAUAUGGAUGACAGUGACAUCAAACUAUAUGAAAUGGAAAAGCGUCAAGGGGAGGAAAGGCAUUCAUACAUUUCCCUUCAACCAAUUGUUGAACCUCCAGACAGGAAGCCGUCACAACAGGUUAUCGGAGAUACAACUAGUUCGUCUGUCUCGCAAACAGGAACUACUGCAUCUGCCAAACGAGAUACAUCAGCUGACGGUGAAUCAAUAAUGCUAGUAAAACGGGUGGGGUAAUUAUAUAUAGAAAUGUGUGGCAUAUAGGGGUGAAGGUCGUUAUCAGGAACAUAAAAGCAGGUGUAUAGUCCUUAUGAAGCUAUUUACAAUCACUUCAAACCAGCUUUGAAUCAAGUGACGUGGUUCGAAUUCUGUUCUAACGUCUUAUCACCGGUCUUGUGAAGUAUUGGACGACGAUAUUAAAGUGCUUUGAUGGAAAGUGACCAUACCCAGAUUAGACGCGAGCUAAACACAAGUUUACUCAAGAUAUUUCAAAGUCAAAGACAACGCUUCACUUGGUGAGGCCGGUUGACAAUGCUUCACUUCGUGAGACCGGUUGAUGUAUCUUUUUGCUCUGGGUUUGCUUUUAUGCUUUUUUAUUUGUCAUCUUAUAACGUAGAAUUAUUUUCGUUAUUUUGUCUUCUUUGGGGGAAAUCAGAUUUUCAGUUAUUUAGCUUUGCAGGUACUUUGAUGUAAAUUGUAUUAGCUGAUUUCCCCCAGAAUCUUCUGUUGAAGAUUUCUUUCUUCAUUUGGUAUUGUAAUAAAUGACAAUUUUUCAAUCUCAAUCAC